AUGAGCACACGAUGUGCGUCGCAUGCAGGUUCAUGGUACCCGCUGAGUCACGAAGCACUUGACACAUGUCUCAAUGAAUGUAUGAAGGCGGCGAGGGCAGCACAGGCAUCGGCCUCGCUGCCAGUGGCGCAGCAUCCCAUGGUGCAUGGCUGCCGAGCUAUUAUAGCCCCUCAUGCCGGCUAUCGCUUCUCGGGACGAGCAGCUGCGUCGGCGUACGGAUGCAUUGAUCCGGACACUGUGGACCGCGUAUUUGUGUUGGGCCCUUCACACCGCGUCUACCUGGAAGGAUGUGCGCUCUCGCCCUUUUCGUACUUGGCCACGCCAUUGGGUCUCUUGCCAGUCGAUACACAAGCAAUUGAGGAGCUGCACUCCUCGGGUCUGUUCACGUUCAUGUCGACGGACGUCGACCAGGCUGAGCACAGCAUCGAGAUGCACUUGCCCUACAUCUACAAGGUGUGGAGCGGACGUCCCGUCCAAGUUGUGCCGAUCCUCGUCGGUCAGCUGUCGACAGACGCUUGCCGAGAGUACGCUCUGUGCCUAGCCGAGUACUUCGCAGAUCCGCGCACUCUCUUCAUCAUAUCAACCGACUUUUGUCACUGGGGCGACCGGUUUCGCUACACGCGAUACCAGGCUCCCGAGGACGAACCUGUCGUGCUGUCGUGCGACACCAAGCACCAUAUUCGCGAAUAUUUCCCCAUCCACCAAUCGAUCGCUGCCAUUGAUGCAGAGUGCAUGGCUGCGAUUAGCUUCGGUCGCGAGGGCGCGGCACUUGCGCGCACGCAGUAUCUCGAGUCCCUACAACGCACGCACAACACCAUUUGUGGCCGGUAUCCCAUCGUCCUGCUUCUCACGAUCCUCGAACUACUCGAAGAAGCAGAGUAUGCCUUCGAGUGCCGUUUUACGCACUAUGAGCAGAGCAGCGCGUGCGAAUCGCUCGACGACAGCUCCGUGUCGUACGCCAGUGCCUACGUGCGUUCCCUGAGCCAAUCGGGCUUGGACGCCAGCCGCUUGACCUGA